AUGAAUCCAAUUGGGCCAACAGGAACGCUUAUGCAAGAGAGACAAGCGUUCACACCUCAAAUAGUCCAUGUGGAAAAAGUGAUUCCACUGCGCUUCACGGAUGAUAAUAUCAUCAUUUGCAACCGGAUAUCUGUCACAGAUAUGCUCCAAACCCUGUCAAAUGACAUCGGUGAGGAUGUGCAUUUUCGACGGAAUGUCAAAGAUGUUAAAGCAAACACGCUCUAUGGUUAUUUUCGUAACAAAAUGUGGAAUCGUGCUGUUGUCAAAUUUUCUCAGCAAAAUAAGAAGGUGAUACAUCUCCUCGAUACUGAUGGCGUUUAUGAUUUUCAUGAACGAAUGGUUAUUCGCGAAAUACAAAGCCAGAAACUAAUUGACAUCGACGUCGGCCAAAUCAAAAUAUUCGUCCAUGCAAUUCAUCAAUACAAACCUAAACGCCCUUUCAAGAACAUUUUCGAUCAAGUUUUGUUGGAUACUCCUGUGACUGCUGUUUUUAGCUUGGUUGAGGAAAAAAACGCAUUGGUUCAUGAGAGCUAUGCUGGCGACUUCAUCUAUGAAGUGAAUGGAAAACUGUUGUCUUUUCGUGAAAUAUUGAUCAACGAGAAAAUAUCCUACCCGAGUUUGGUCACUGGAGAGUUCAACAAGAUGCUAUUUUGCAAAAGAGCGGAGAUACUGUCGCCAAAUAAUAUCCUGACAAAAGGAACAAUGUCAGAUUAUCGUCGUACGAUCACGGAUGAUAAUCCAAUGGCCGAUAGUGCAACAACCUCAUUUCUAUUCUUCGGGAUGGUAUGGAAAGGUUACGAUCUAUUGGAAAAGACAGAGAUCGCAGUGAAGGUGUUCAAAAGUGACCUUUUCAAUAACAAGAAAAACUUAGAAGAACAUCGACAUGAGGCGGAGAUGGUUCAAAGUUGCUGGCAUCAGAAUAUAAUUGCACUCAUAUCCAGCAAUGAUAUUCCCGAUCAUGGUGUAUGCCUCAUUUUUCCGUUCAUGACCAUGGACCUUCACGAUGAAAUACAUCUGAAAACAGAUGUGAUUGAAAUGAAGAGAGUGAAAGAAGUCAUGUUCAUGACUCUAUCCGGCAUAAGCUAUUUGAACGAAAAAAAAAUCGUGCACCGCGACAUUAAACCGACCAAUUUACUAGUGCGCAAAGAUGGAUUACUGAAAAUUGGUGACUUUGGGCUGGCGGUCAAGUUAAAUCCAUGCGAAUUUUUGAAAAAACCUGCAGGAACACUCAUUUACCGUGCACCAGAAACAUUUAUUGGUUGUUACAACGAAGUGGACACUUGG